GAACAAAUUCGUGGACUGGCCAAGGUGAAUCAAAUUCCGACACCGCGUCUCUAUUCAGUCUUUCCGGGAGAACGCCUUUUUUCCCGAAAAACGAGCAUGACCAAUACGCUAAUCCUCGACAACGGUGCUUACACAAUAAAAGGCGGAUUAUCAGGAGAUCCAUCAUCGCCAAAACUUGUACCCAACGCCAUUGUACGUGGUCGAACAGAUCGCCGCCAUUAUGUCGGUGACGAACUUUCUCAAUGCACUGAUUUCUCUUCUCUCUACUACCGCUUACCGUUUGAACGAGGUUUCUUGAUCAAUUGGGGCGUCGAAAGAACGAUCUGGAAUCGAUUUUUCAAAACAGAACUUCAGGAUGGGACAAAGGACAACCGUUUAUUGAUUACUGAGCCUUGCUUUAAUCUGCCGAAUAUUCAAGAAGCAUACGAUCAAAUGAUUUUUGAAGAAUACGAAUUCAGCAGUUGUUAUCGCACCACCGCACCACAAUUAUGUGUUUACAAUGAUUUGGCGACUUUAUUUGGUGAUAAGGAAGGAUCGGUGCCUGAUUGUGCACUUGUCGUUGACUCUGGUUAUUCAUUUACACACAUUGUACCGUUCGUCAAGGAGAAACCGAUCGCGAAAGGGAUUAAGAGAAUUAAUGUAGGUGGGAAAUUAUUGACCAACCAACUAAAGGAAACCGUCUCCUUCCGGUACUACGAUAUGAUGGAAGAAACCUAUAUCAUCAACCAAAUGAAGGAAACCUGUUGUUAUGUCUCUCAGAACGUCAUUCCCGAUUUGGACAUCUGCAGGAGACCUUACAAUGAAAAUACCAUUGUGCAGGAGUACGUUUUGCCAGAUUUUAGCACCAAUACUCGGGGGCAUGUCCGUCCAAAGCGAGGCAAACAGUCGACGGUUGCGAUGCACUCUUCUUCCGCCGAGCAAAUCUUGACGAUGAACAACGAACGGUUUAUGAUACCCGAAAUCCUGAUGAAUCCGUCCGAUAUUGGUAUGCAGCAAGCGGGAAUUCCAGAAGCCAUUGUACAAAGUGUCAAUGCAUGCGAUCCUUGUAAGUCACGCACGGCGAUCCCUUACAGACAAUAAUUUUUUGCUCAUCAUGUUUAUUUUGUUAUAUUGCUUACAGCGUUACAUGGUUUACUGUAUGCCA